AUGUCCGCCACCGCGUCUCGGGUCAAAAAAUUCAACACUCUCCGCCGUCCCGAGCGUGAUGCGUGGGGUGCCCCCAACCACUAUCAUUUCUCUGUGAAAUCUCUACCCAUUGUUCCUGGAAAUGCCGUUUUCCUAGCGAACCCAUUCAGCGGCCACCACCACGUCGAAGGCCGCGCUCGAAUCACCCCGCUGUCGCCCGACGACCAGGCCACAAUCAUCGUUCCGCUACUCCUGGAAUCUUUUGUUACGCGUUUCGACGAGGGAGAUGCGAUUAUUAACGUUAUGCCCCAUGACGUGAUGCCCUGGGCCCCGUGGAGCUGGAGCACCACCGACGACGCCCUUGCACGCGCAGUCUCUGCCCGACUAGAGGCAGUAGGCGUGCGAAGUGAACUGUGCCAGGUGCCAGUUUCAACUACGGAGCAAGUCCACGACUCUGACAUCUUCUGGGCCAAAUGGAGCGAGAGUCUUUUGACGCAAAUGAGCAGUCUUCCAGCAGACAUGGGUGCUCAGGACGUGGGCAAGUGGUGUGGCGGGUGCGGGUUUACUCCGUCUUUGGAUACCGAACUCUUGCGCUGUGGUCGUUGUAAGCAAGCUCGGUACUGCACCAAGGCCUGUCAGAAAGAGGAUUGGAAGAUUCAUAAGACUCGAUGCACACCUUGUCCUUGA